UCCUGCUCAUCCAUCACCGUUCCCAUCUCGUCUCACGCAAGCCAGGCACCACCUCUCCCAUCACCUUUCCCAUCUCGUCUCACGCAAGUCAGGCACCACCUCUCGGGCUCCUGCUCUGCUCAUAGCCAUCACCUUCCCCAUCCCACACGAGCUAAGCGCACACAGCAACUGCCACAGAUCCGUGCCCGGCGAGCUAAGCCAGGAAGGACUCCAUCGGCUUCUCCUCCUCUCCUCUCCGCAGCGAGCAGAGCAGGGGAUGAAGCGCGUCGUGGGGAGCCCGGGGACAUGGAGCGGCAUGGCGCUGCGGCUGUCGCAGUGCGUCUUCGCCGCCGCCUCCGUCUUCUCCAUGGUCUCCGGCUUCGGCUACUCCAACUACAGCGCCUACUUCUACAUGAAUCUAGCGUUGAUCCUGCAGCUGAUGUGGAGUUUGGGCCUUGCUUGUAAGGAUAUCUUUGCUCUAAGGAAUAAAAAGGAUCUUCACACCCCAGAUAAUCUAUUCAUUAUUGUUAUGGUUGACUGGGUCGUGGCGACUUUCAUGUUCUCAGGAGCCUGUGCCUCCGCGAGCUUGACAAUUUUCUUCAUGUGGGAUGUGAACUUCUGCGAGACAUACUCGAAGCUGGCCUGCCGGCAGUUCGUGCUUUCGGUCGUCCUGGCGUUCAUCACGUGGUUGCUGCAAGCUGCGUCUUCUUUCUCCGCGUUCUGGCUACUGGUUUCGUUCUCCUAGUGAUCUCACACGCUCAUAUUUGCCGUCACGUCAUGCUAGUCAGUCAGGAGGAUAAAUUGGUUGCAAUGUGCUCGGGACACUUGCUAGAUUUCAGUUAUGGGUAGUCCUUCGUCCCUUGUUAGAUAGAUGUUGCCUGUUUGAUAGUAGCUCAUCUUUAUUCUAGGAGUUGGUUAUCAGCUCCUUGAGGUGGAGUAGUUACUGUUUAGAUGAUGUGGGAUCAUUAAUAUAUGGAGAUAAGUUGCGAUCGAUGAUACCUGAAAAAUGUCUGGUUAUUGUACAAUGGAAUGAGUUCAUAUC